UUAAACUGUGUGAAAAUCUACACGAAGAAGGAGUUGUCAUUUUUGUUUUAUGUGGGCUUUUCCCUCUUGUACUAGUGGGAGGGUUUUGAGAGAAAGAGCUGAGCAGUAGGCUAGCCUAGUGCACGAGCUAGUGCACGUAGCUAAUCGGAGAAAGUCGAUUACGACGGGCCGUCCGGAAAUCACUCAAGGAGGUAGUCGUUUUGCGACUGGUCUCUUCAAUGGCAGAGUGACAAUCGCGAAUAAGAAGGGACUACUAAGGACAUAAGAAAGUCGAAAAGAGCAAAGAUUGUCCUUUUUCUUUGUUUAACCGUAAGCAAACCCCGUGAUGGCGUCAGUUGGUAACUCGGGGACAGCAUCGAGCCCGAUGGUUAUCCUGGCCCCUAAAACCAAGACCAAGAAGAAACAUUUUGUCCAGCAGAAGGUGAAGGUGUUCCGAGCCAGCGAUCCAGUCUUGAGCGUCUUUAUGUGGGGUGUAAAUCACUCGAUAAAUGAUCUGAGCCAGGUACCUGUGCCAGUCAUGUUGCUCCCUGAUGACUUCAAAGCCAACACCAAGAUAAAAGUCAACAAUCAUCUCUUCAACAAAGAGAACCUACCGGGACAUUUCAAGUUUAAGGAGUACUGUCCCCAAGUCUUCCGGAACCUAAGGGAGAGGUUCGGAAUCGAAGACCUGGAUUAUCAGGUCUCUUUGGCCCGCAGUCCCCCGGUCCGGGGCGGGGAGGGGCAAGGGGAGGGGCUUCUGCUGAACUCCUACGACCGCACUCUGGUCGUCAAACAGAUCUCCAGCGAGGACGUGGAGAACAUGCACAACAUCCUGUCCGAAUACCACCAGCACAUAGUGAAGUGUCAUGGCAGCACCCUGCUCCCCCAGUUUCUGGCCAUGUACCGAGUCAGUGUGGAGAACGAGGACACCUACCUCCUGGUCAUGAGGAACAUGUUCAGCCACAGGCUCGUCGUUCACAGGAAGUACGACCUGAAGGGUUCCUUGGUGUCCCGGGAGGCAAGUGACAAAGAGAAGGUAAAGGAGCUGCCUACCUUUAAGGACAUGGACUUCAGGAACAACAUGCAGAAGGUGUACGUGACUGAGGAGGAGAGGGAAAAGGUUCUGGAGAAGCUGAACAGGGACGUGGAGUUCCUAGUGAAGCUAAAGAUCAUGGACUACAGCCUGCUGCUGGGGAUCCACGACAUGGGGCGGGCGGAGCGGGAGGAGGAGGAGACGGAGGAGGCGUCCAUGGACGAGGAGGGGGCGGAGCCCGAGAACGGCCUGGCCCCGGCCCCGCUCGUGGGCUCCUACGGGACGUCCCCCGAGGGCAUCGCCGGCUACAUGAACUCCUGCAAGCCCCUGGGCCCGGGAGAGUUCGACCCCUACGUGGACGUGUACGCCCUGAGAAGCGCCCCCGGCGCGCCUCAGAGGGAGGUGUACUUCAUGGGCCUGAUCGACGUGCUGACGCACUACGACACCAAGAAGAAGGCCGCGCACGCCGCCAAGACGGUCAAACACGGGGCCGGUGCAGAAAUUUCGACCGUUCACCCGGAGCAGUACGCCAAAAGGUUCCGUGAGUUCAUCGCCAACAUCUUCGCCUGAUGGGCCCUCCAGCUGCGCCUGCCCAUCUGGUACCGGAGCCGACUCCAGACCGAGAUCCCCCCCCGCCCGAGCCCUCCUCCUUCUGUUGGUUUUUUUUCCAUGUCGUUUCCUUGUUCUCUCCAUCCUCCUACCUCUUUCUGCUGGGGUUUUUUUUUUUUGUUUUUAUAUUUUGGGAUGUACAUUUACUUUACCAAAUUUAUCCUCAAAUGCGAAAACAUGCAAAGGAUUUUAAAUUUUAUCUUAAAAAGAAAAAAAAGAGUGGUUGUUUGUAUUUAUGUAAGGUAUUACAGAUGGGUAUUUAUUGUCGACGUUUCGUAAUGGUAGCGAUGACAUAUAACGCUAAGCUGAGUAACUUCACUCUGGAACGAACAAGGUUAAAAAACGCAAAUGUGUAUUUCACGAUUUGGAAAAAGUAGCACCAGCUUAAAAGAAGUGACUCCUCAGUCCGCACAGCCAAUCCGUUGCGUGGAUGAGCUAACGGACUGAAGACGAUGUGACUCUGGGAAUCCUGAAACCUGCUAUCGCCGAAAAGCCAAUCGCAAGGUUAUUGGGACGGGCCCCAAGUAUUGCCAUCUUUUUUUUUUUUUUUCACCUCUGUAAGGGAGAGAGUGUUUGGAAUUAUGGGCUCCUAUUUUACUUUAGUCCUCCUCCUCAUUACCUUCCAAGUGUUCUGACCGUGUGACAUCAUCAAGAUGCGACCGGAGUGCUCCAGUGAUACAAAAGACAAUAGCUUCAGCUGUGCUCUCCCAUUAGGUCUUCACCAGUCCCUCCACACUACAGCUGCACCGAAGUAUCCUGGCUUUAGGUUAGGGAGCUUUCAGUCUUCCUGCUCCGUUGCGCUUCGUGCUAUUUUUUUAGACGGAUUCUUCACGAAUAUAAGCAAACACCUGGCUAGUAGCAUUACUAACUGUGACCUCCUUCCACGGUGGUUCGUCACCACAAAUGUAAACGCAGGAGAACUCUCCUUUGUAGAACUCCCCUGUCGAGUGCACACGUUCAAAGUCUGUGAAGCAUGAUUAGGCUACGUAAUGAUUGUUAACCAUCAUAUGCCACUAGUGUUAGGUGAAGCGUUGGAGGAUCAGUUUGUAUCGAAAUGACCCGCACUGAAAGGAGUGGCUAGUUGUGACAUGCCUUAUUAAUUGUGCUUUUUUUGCCAAUCAGUUUUUGGACCAAAUAUAUUUUACAAUUAUUUUCUGAAA